GUCUCUAAAUUUUGGAGGACCAGAUGCCAGAAAGUCGGGAGACUGAGGAGUAAAGAUGUGGAAAUCCCUGGCGAGAGCCGGGUACUGGGGACAGUUUUGUCCUUGGGAUGGACCUGGCUCCCGCCCUGUAGGCAGUGACGAGAGCAGCAUGUCCAGGCUUUCACUGAGGCAGGCGUGUCUGUCUUUUCUCAGAGUCGGAAGACGGCAAAGACCUCAUGAAGUCUCCGCUGCGGGAUGAGCGGCUGUUCACGGAAGAGGAGCUUUCGGAGCAGCUCAGGCAAUAUGAAGUCCUGGUUUUCUCUCGGGAACGGGAGCUGACCCAGUUAAGCGUGAAGUUACGGGAAGGGAGAGACGCCGCCCGCUCGUUGAUUCGGCAUCUCCAGGCCCUUCUCACUCCGGAUGAGCCGGACGAGUCCCAGGGGUGGGACCUCCGAGAACAGCUGGCUGAGGGAUGUAGGCUGGCACAGCGCCUCGUCCGAAAGCUCAGCCCAGCCAGUUACGAAGACGAGGAUGAAGAUGUUAAAGUUGAGGAGGCUGAGAUAGUAGAGGAAUUAUGUGCCCCCAGGGAGGUGCGGAAGGCUGAAGAAAUGGAAGUCCCUGAGGACUCACUGGAGGAAUGUGCCGUCACUUGUUCCAAUAGCCACGGCCCUUGUGAGUCCAACCAGCCUCACGGGAACACCAAAAUCACAUUUGAGGAAGACCAAGUCGGCCCACCUCUAGUUGUAGGCAGUGCAUCCUCUGAUGAUGAAGGGCAGGAUGCUCCAAACCUUCUCCCAGAGUCGGAAGACGGCAAAGACCUCAUGAAGUCUCCGCUGCGGGAUGAGCGGCUGUUCACGGAAGAGGAGCUUUCGGAGCAGCUCAGGCAAUAUGAAGUCCUGGUUUUCUCUCGGGAACGGGAGCUGACCCAGUUAAGCGUGAAGUUACGGGAAGGGAGAGACGCCGCCCGCUCGUUGAUUCGGCAUCUCCAGGCCCUUCUCACUCCGGAUGAGCCGGACGAGUCCCAGGGGUGGGACCUCCGAGAACAGCUGGCUGAGGGAUGUAGGCUGGCACAGCGCCUCGUCCGAAAGCUCAGCCCAGCCAGUUACGAAGACGAGGAUGAAGAUGUUAAAGUUGAGGAGGCUGAGAUAGUAGAGGAAUUAUGUGCCCCCAGGGAGGUGCGGAAGGCUGAAGAAAUGGAAGUCCCUGAGGACUCACUGGAGGAAUGUGCCGUCACUUGUUCCAAUAGCCACGGCCCUUGUGAGUCCAACCAGCCUCACGGGAACACCAAAAUCACAUUUGAGGAAGACCAAGUCGGCCCACCUCUAGUUGUAGGCAGUGCAUCCUCUGAUGAUGAAGGGCAGGAUGCUCCAAACCUUCUCCCAGAGUCGGAAGACGGCAAAGACCUCAUGAAGUCUCCGCUGCGGGAUGAGCGGCUGUUCACGGAAGAGGAGCUUUCGGAGCAGCUCAGGCAAUAUGAAGUCCUGGUUUUCUCUCGGGAACGGGAGCUGACCCAGUUAAGCGUGAAGUUACGGGAAGGGAGAGAUGCCGCCCGCUCGUUGAUUCGGCAUCUCCAGGCCCUUCUCACCCCGGAUGAGCCGGACGAGUCCCAGGGGUGGGACCUCCGAGAACAGCUGGCUGAGGGAUGUAGGCUGGCACAGCGCCUCGUCCGAAAGCUCAGCCCAGAUCAGAAAGGCAUUGCCUGA